AAGAAUAACUUUAGACAGGGUCAUUUGGUAGCAGUACUCUACUUGGAAAAUAUGCAAGGAAUAUCCUCCAAUGAUUGACAGGCAGAGGAUUACACAUUAAGGCCAACCUUUGAAAGUUCUGCUUUGCUUGUGAUGCUUGUGGGUUGUUUUUAAAUCAUAUAUUUUUUUUAAAGAAAUGUACUCUUUCCAGACUUUUGCGUGCAUACGAACUCGUUUUCAUAAGAUCACUACCCUACAGUAAUUCAUGAAGCCCGAGUUUAAAACGCCGGCUUUGCAUUGCGAGUAAGAUCUGUCUUGCGAGUAGUGUGCGCUCCUGAAGACCGGACAAGCACUUUAAAUUGUCUAACACAUUCUCUAGUUAGGUGAACUUAAUUGGAAAUGUGUUGGCGAUCUUGUCUGAUUAAUGAGAAAGGUUGGGCAAUCCUCAUUACACAAUUUCCUUUCCCGAUAACCUAUAAAUGUUGUCUGUCUGAGUCUGUUAAGCGGCGUCUCUUUUCUAAGGAGGAAGUAGACUUGUGUUGUUUGUAACCUGUGAACAGUCUGCUGGACUCCGUCGAGAUAGGACUGACAGUGACCUGACAGCGCAUCAUUCACACCAGUUCCUUACAGGAUGGCGGUGGUGACAGGCGGCGUGUUUGUGCACCUGUUCUCCCUCCUUGCUUCAGGCAGCUUCGUGUGGGGUGUGUUACAGCUGAUCGUCCUGGCUUUAGUGCUCUUCGUCUUCGUCAAAAUUGUCCAGGUGUCAAGGAGACGCAGCGGACUGAGCUGUUUUGCUCUGCCUCCAAUGCGCAACUGGCUUCUCGGUCACCUGGGAAUUAUGAAGAGUUCAGAAGAGGGUUUGCGUGAGGUGGAUGAGAUAGUGAAGACCUACCAGCACUCCUGCGUCUGGUUCCUGGGCCCUUUCUACAACCUGGUGCGCGUCUUCCACCCUGACUACGUCAAACCCCUCCUGCUGGCCUCUGCUUCCACAACUAUCAAGGAUGAGUUAUUCUAUGGGCUUAUGAGACCAUGGCUGGGACAAGGCCUACUGCUGAGUAACGGUGAGCGGUGGUCACGCCACAGGCGGCUUCUAACUCCAGCGUUUCACUUUGACAUCCUGAAGAACUAUGUGAUCAUCUUCAACCAGUCUACUAACAUUAUGCAUGCAAAAUGGCGCCGCCUUGUGACUGAAGGAGAGAACUGCCUGGAGAUGUUUGAGCAGAUCAGUCUCAUGACUCUGGACAGCUUGCUGAAAUGUACCUUCAGCUACGACAGUCACUGUCAGGAAGAGCCCAGUGAGUAUAUCUCGGCCAUCUACGAGCUGAGCGAGCUGGUGGUGAAGAGGCAGCGCUACCCUCCGCACCACUGGGACUGGCUGUACGCGCGCUCCCCCGAGGGCAAGCGCUUCAAGAAGGCCUGCGACGUGGUGCAUGGCUACACCGCUGGCGUCGUCCAGCUGCGCCGCGCAGACCUGGAACAGCAGGGGGCGCCAGACCUCCAGGCCGAUGAAAACGCGGGCAGGAAGAAAGUCACUGACUUCAUCGACGUGCUGCUUCUUUCUAGGGAUGAGGAUGGCAAUGGUCUGUCAGAUGAUGAGAUAAAAGCGGAGGCCAACACUUUCAUGUUUGAAGGUCAUGACACUACAGCCAGUGGGAUCUCCUGGGUGCUGUAUAAUCUGGCCUCUCACCCUGAGUACCAGGAACGCUGCCGUGAGGAAAUCAACGCCUUAGUGCAGGGCCGCGAAGAAGACGACAUCCUGUGGGAUGACCUGACCAACAUGCCUUUCACCACCAUGUGCAUCAAGGAGAGCAUGCGGCUGCACCCCCCUGUGGCAGCCCUGUCCCGCCAGUACUCCGUGGACAAGACCGUGCCAGGGGACUGCACCAUCCCCACGGGCAACAUUUGUCUGGUGAGCAUUUAUGGGACCCAUCACAACCCAUUGGUGUGGCCCGAUCCAGAGGUGUACAACCCAAUGCGCUUUGAUCCAGAGAAUUCUAAAGGCCGCUCACCUUAUGCAUUCAUCCCUUUCUCGGCUGGUCCAAGGAACUGCAUAGGGCAGAACUUUGCCAUGGCGGAGAUGCGUGUGGUGGUGGCGUUGACCCUGCGCAGGUUCCGGGUGAGCCUGGGGGGGGCGCCAGUGCGCCGGCUCUACACGCUCAUCAUGAGGGCCGAUGGGGGCAUACACCUGCUGCUGGAGCCACUGGACCCUGAGUGCACCUCACCCCCACCGCCAUCACCCUGACCUCAGUGUGGGCCACAGUAUUGACACUUGUUGUUGAGCCCUGGCAAACACGUUGACUUUCUGCUCUGUUUUUUUUUCUGCUGAAUUUAGUGUCUUCGCUUGAAAUAUUCCAAUGAACUCUGAACAUUUGCUCAGUACUUGCACUCUCUACUUGUACAUGUCUGCACAUUCCUCUUUUCUAUGUCAUUCAUCAGGUCAAUAAUGGCCUUAGACUGUGAACUUUUGCACUUUUUUUGUACUAACUUUUGGGAGUUUAAAAAUGUUUCACCAAUAAAGCAUUGACAUCCUGAAUCUUAUAAAGCAUUUUAGGCAUGU